GCCGCGUCUAGUUUGCUUUUAUUUUGUGUUUUGGCUUCAGUUCACUCAUCAUGUCCAAACCAACCAUGUCCGUCACAAAGCUCGAGCUCGAGGAGGACGCCCACAGGGCCGCCCUCGAGGACAACCCCAGCGAGGUGCACGUGGGAUGGAAAACGUGGGCGGCCGUGCUGUCCAUGGCCAUCUCGUUCGGUCCUCCCAUCGGCAUCGCGUUCGGGUCCGUCGCGGCCGUCGUCGCCCCCGUGACCCAAGAGCUCGGCGGUUUCGACAAGCUGGCGUGGGUGGUCGGCGCCUGGUCCCUCGCCACGGCCUGCUCUUUCUCGGUUUCCGGCGCCCUUAGCGACACAUUUGGCCGGAGGAACCCAAUCCUGCUUGGCCAGGUGCUGUCCAUCGUCGGCUUCGUCAUGGGCGGCGUGGCGCGCAACGUUGAAACGCUCAUCGCGGCCGAGGCCUUUAUCGGGUUUAGCACCGGGCUGAUUUUCGUCAGCUACGCCGGCGUUCCCGAGAUGCUGCCCAAUAAGUACCGAUCGCUGGGGCUGGGGAUUCUGGACGGGGGGAUUGCACUGCCGUGGGGUGUAAUCGCCGUUAUACUUGGACAGGCCCUCCUCAAAUACGCCUCGUGGCGCUGGAUCUUUUGGAUCGCGCUCAUCGUCGAAGCGGUCGGACUCGCCGGAACUGCUGCCUUUUACUGGCCGGCAUCACGGACUCGGGGCUCUCGGCUGCAGCAGCUCAAGGAUAUCGACUGGAUCGGACUGACCGCCUUCAUCGGAGGCCUGGCCGUGCUGCUGGUCGGGCUGACGUGGGGCGGACAGGCAGAGCACCCGUGGGCUGGAGCGUCGGUCGUGGCGCCCAUCGUGGUCGGCCUCGUCACCAUCGUGGCCGCCUUUGCCUACGACUUUACCGUCGCCACCAACCCCAUCUUCCCGCUUAGCCUGUUCCGCCAGUUCCGCGAGUACUCGGUGCUGCUGAUCGUCAUGUUCGUUUCGGGCAUGCUGUACAACGCGCUGCUGCCCCUCCUCACCCAGGGAUCGUCCUACAUGUUCACACAGGACGGCAUCCAGGUCGGGCUUAUGUCGCUGCCGUACACGACCAUGACGCUGAUCGUCGGCUGCAUCGUGCCCAUGCUCGCACACAAGAUCGGGCACCUCAAGUGGCAGGUGGUGGUGGCGGUGACGCUUCAGACGACCUUUAUCGCGGCCACGGCCGGCGCCGUCAACCCGCGCAACUACUGGGGCUGGAUCUUCCUCCCCGCGUUUGGCAUCCCCAUGUUCACGUGGCUGACGAUCCUGACAUACGCCAUCGCGUCGCUGCACGUGCCACACUCUAAGCUGGGCGUGGCCAUGGGGCUGCUGGGGACGUUCCGGGCGGCGGGCGGCGCGGUUGGCAACGCCAUCUUCUCGACCAUUCUCAACAACAAGUUCAACGAGUACGUGGGCGAGGAGGUGGUGCCGCUGGUCUUUAUGAACGGCUUUAACGCCACCGAUAUCGGGCCCAUCAUCGGCGGGGCCAUCCAGCAUAACCUGGGGAUACCGUUUGCGCUGGCUGCGUAUCCCCCAUCCAUGGCGGAGCCGCUGAUGGAGGCGGUGCGGACAGCCUACGGGCGGGCGUUUUACGUGGUGUUUCUGUGCACGAUUCCGUUUAGUGCUGUGGCGCUGGCCUUUUCUUUCUUUGUCGAGGACCCGACCAAAUACAUGACGAACCACGUGCAGAUGGCGAUGGAGGCAAAGGUGGAGGACGAGGAGGUGCAGGUGGUGGCGGAAAAGCAGCGCUAGGCGGGAAUUCGAUGUGGAAUCAGCCCGGGUGGGUGUGGAAUAAAGUAAAGUGUGGAAUCAGAUUUGUCACCGUGCGCAACGAACGCGAGACUUGACGCAAUUAAAACCCCGC